CUUGAUUUGGGUGGGGAGGGGGUGAGUUGAUGUGACGUGACACUGGAAAACGUGACAUCGAGGAGGCAAAAUGGCGGCGGGCGAGUACCUCGUUUGCUUCUCAGAAAAAUGUGAGAAAGAAGAAGUCAAACAAUACUUUGUUGAUUGUUUGAGUCGGGCUAAGUUUAGUGUAACCCGCGAAGAAUUCGAGGGGAAAACAUUAUUGACUGUUGAUGCACCAUUUGAGAUACUUGCAAAUAAGGUGAGCUUCAAACCGCGCUGGAGACGAACUGAAUGCAUAUGUUACGUUAAUUUGGAACUUUAAAAUCGUAUUCUCCAGUUUCUCCUCUCGCAAGAAUGAAUAUGGUUUGAAUUUAAGCUUAAAGAUAUUUUGCUGUAUCAACGAAUUGUUUUGUUUCAGGCGGAAGAUGUUGGCUUGAAGAAGACCACAAAGAAUGAAAACAAGGCGAGUUGUUUAUGAAAUAUACAAGCUUACCUUUUGAAUUAUUGAUUUCUAUGCACGUUUAUCCUUCGUCUAUUAGAAACUUGUAUCCUUUUAAUCACUAACUUCAUUUCGGUAGCAAUCAUAAGCUUUGGUACUGGUAUAUAAACAUUUCAAAAUGAAUAUCCUCAUCACUGCGAAACAAACUACCGUCCUCUUUUUAUGUUUAUCUUGAACAUCUAGUUCAAUUUUUAACAGGGGUUAAGGUUCUAGGCUUAAUUGCAGAAUACUCUGCCACGGUUUUACAGUUUAACCAUUGAACUUUCAAGGGCACUAUAUAUAUGUUGUUGUCAAUUUUUUAUUUCAGUUAAUUUUUAUUUUUUCAUUGUUUUUGGGUAUGGUAACGUAUGCUAAUUAAUUUAAAACAAAGGGAAAACAAAUAAAAAAAAAGUAAAUUAUAGGAUGAAAAAUUAACUGCAACAUAUAUAUGGAAGGAUCACAAUACCAAAAUAAACUUAUACCCUAUUUGAGGAUGGUGUGCCUCAAAAACAAUUCUCUAGCCCAGUUGGUGAAAAGGUGGAUAACGCUGUCAAAUGGCAGGCAGUAUCUCUUCUCUGAGGUUCGACCAGCUUUAUUUUCCAUCUGUCUACCAGUUUUCUGGCUGUUACCCAUCACAAACUUGAGGAAGCAUUCAAACCUUGAGCAUUCUGAGGUGACACUUUUUAUUCUUGUCUUUUUUCUUUAAGGUUAAAGAAUUUGUUACAGAAGAACUUGACAAGUUUGCUGGAAGUGACAAUCAAGAAACUUUCUUUACCCCAGCAGAAAGGGUAUACUUGCUUGAGAUCUGUCUGGAAUCUGUCCAGUAUGACAAAGUAAGUUGUGUUGGCAGAUUUUGCUUGUACCCAUCAGACCUAGUGGCUGAUGCCAUUAUCAUACCUAUUGUAGAAUGUAUGUUUUAUGCUACAAUUCAGUUCUCCUUAGUUGUUAAAAUGUUAAGAUAACAUUUUUGAGUGAUAUGCAAUGGUCCCAUAGGGUAAUUGGUUUGUUCAACAAUUAAUAGUAAUAAUAAUAAUAAUACUAAUAUUUAUCGCUUUUAAUUUAUUGCGUAUUUUAAGAUUAAAAGAUAUAUUAUCAAAUGCGCACCCAAUUCACAAUCAAAAACCUAACACUGUACGUAUUUUCAUUUCUCUUACAUAAUAUUUCUAGGGGUGGAUCACAGAUCAUUUUUCAUUGUUUUGUGAAAAUGUCAUGGAGAAUCUGAAUGGUCUGCCUUUUAACAAUAAAAAGAAAACGUGGUACUUUCCUGGUGCAAAUAUUCUGAUCUUGCUGAAGCCUUUAGCCCUUGUAUUCUAACUUGUAAACUAUCAUGUUUUUACUUAGACCACAUCUGUCUUCUGAAUUUGAUUUGAGUAGAACAAAGUGGCUGUGGGUGAUUUUGGAGUAAAUUAUGUUUGCUGUAAUAGUUAAUGCAAACAUUUACCCCAAAAUGUCCCACGGUUUGUUGUACCCAGAGUUCAGAAAACAGAUGCAGAUCUCAGUAAAAACUUCAUAGUUUUUUUAAUUUCAGCUCUCUUAUUUCCUCCUUCCUAUCACUUGUGACCAGGUUGGUGGUGUUCAUACAACAAUUUUAUUAUUUCAGGAACAUCUGGCUUCUUAUGGUAUCAAGUUUAGGGAGAAGGACUCAUUCAUUACAGACUGUCUGCAUUCUAAACCUCCAAUCUUAGAGUCAGCAUUUCCUCUUCAUCACCCUCAUGAACAGGAAAAAAUUUGGAAAAAAAAAAUGAAGCAAAAUGUGAUUGUAUGUCCUUUGCAGGAGAUAAGAGAUUACUAUGGUAACUUCACAAUAUUAUUACUGUGAUCCUUAGUAUUAUUCAUGUCAUUAUACUGCAGGGUGCAAAGAAAAUCAUUUUUACAGCUUGCCAUUCGGGCAAGCUGAAGUUAGAAUUUACUAGCCCAGACAUCAUUUCAACUAGCCCCAAAGGCCUUUUGAUGAGCAGAAUUGAUUUCACAGUUCUUCCUUUAUUCAAAUUGCUCAAAAAACAUCGCUUGCCCGUUGGGCAAGUUAAAAACAGAAUUCACUAGCCCGAUAGCAAAAUCCACUAGCCCUGGGCUAUCGGACACUUUACUUUCUUUGCACGCUCUACUGUCGAUUCAAGUGGUUACAUAAUUAUGAUGGUACAAGUGAGUGUUCAAUUAGUCCUGAAUUAGGACUGUUGGUUAUUAUGGUAACUGAAUUUUGGCAACUUGCACAGAUGCCAUCAUCAGAGACACAAAGAGCUGUUUAUCAUCAUUUGAUGAUUAAAUUUGCUAUAUUGACCUGAUUAGUACAAAUAAUUUAGUCAAGUCUACAUUAUUUUUAAAAUGCAUUGGUAGUCUCUCAGUUAAGCAGUAAUGUUAAUGCCUGUCAAGAAGAAAAAUAGGACAAGAAAAUAUAGAAGUGGGGAGAAAGGAAAAGUGAAAUGUUAAAGUUGAAAGUGACAGUGUCUCUUUUGUUUUUUCCCAGAACUUUAACUCAACAUAUUGUCCUCUGCAACCAUGCCUAAACUUCAGAAACUGUAAAUUGUAAUAUCAAGAACAAAAACCUUCAAAGUGGACAAAAGUCCUUGGGACAGUUAUGCAAUAUUCAUAACUGCCUAUAAUUUUAGAUUUCCUUCUUAACGCCUUGCUAUUUUCCUCGCAAAUGCCUUGCAGAUCCCCCUCUCCUACCCUAUACAAUUUUGAAAUUUAAAACCAACCUUGUAUGGGGUGGGAGAAGGGAAUCCAAGACAUGUGUAGUAUAAAAAAGCUUUUGUUCAUGACUUUUAAGGCAUACUGCUGUGACAACAUGUUGGGGGUUUUGGUUCUUUUUGGCUUGAUAUUGACGAAAAAAUAGCCUGGAUUCCAGGUAAAUGGGUGCAUAAAAAAUUGGGGUAGAUACCUCCUCUUAGCCUGAGAAAGCUGACAUUUUUCAACAUCAUUACUGAUUUCCCUGCAAGAUGGUGUCUGAGAAACAACUGCAAAAAAUUCCUUACUGAUGAAAUGUUAACUCCCAAAUCUCAGGGUAGUGAUUUUAAUUGGCUGAUCAAGCAAGUUUGCCUUAUGGCAUGACCAGUCAGAAGCAUCUAUUUAAAUUUCAUUUAUUCCAAAGUUGACAGCAAUUACAAUAAUUACCACAUACACACACGGACUACACACCUAAAAACACAUGCAUUAUACUAUACAAUCACUACCAAUCAGAAGCUAGCAUGCAACAAGUCAUUAGGAUAGAAUUUUCUGUGCUUGUUCGUCAGACUUUAUUUCAUUGGGAAACAAGUGGUGGCGUAACAAAAUGUUGUCUGUUUUCUCAGGCUAACCUCCUCUUGGAUUUGGCCAUUGUAUUGAGCUAUUUUUUUUGUUGUAGGUGAAAGUGUUGCCUUCUAUUUUGGAUGGAUGACAUGUUUUACCUGGACUUUAGUACCAAUAGCAUUUGUAGGGAUUCUGUUAUACUUCUUUAAGCCUCGUGGUGUGACUGUGGAUGACAACCCUCUGUUACCAUUAUAUGAAAUACUGAUGGCUUUCUGGGCAAUAAGUUUUCUUGCCGUGAGUAAACUGUUUACUUGAAAAAAAUAGAGACAAAGCUCUUAUUUAAACUAGAUUGGAUAUUUGAAAUUUUUUUACACAUUGUAUAAGAUAGUGACAGGCCUACAUUUCAUCCUAGAUACAUGUACAUUGUACAUACAUGUGGGCCAAGAAAUUUCUUUAUAAAUUAUGAAUAUUGUAGCAGGGCUGGCUCACCAGGAUUAUUAAGGUCCAAGUCAGAGUUCCGAUAGCAAAAGAAAAAGGUGUUUUUGUGAGUUGACCUGACUGCCACUCAACCUCGCUUAGAGAAUUUCAGAUCAUCGUAAUUGUGUAGUAAUGGCAAAGAAAUUUACCAAAGGUGUGAUACACGUGCAAAGUGUCAUUUUGUAUGUCAAAUGUGUUGCUUUUUUGGCAUUCCGGUUGCUAUCAUCAUGAUGAUAAUCCUCCCAAAAAACACUCAAACAAAUCUUGAGCACACAUAUUGCAGUUUUAUUCAUGGUUGUCUUACACCAAUACCCCCUGUUCAAAAUAUGUAUGUGUUCAAAUAACCUUUAGAAACCUAAGUUUGGUGAAUAAUGCUAUAGUUUGCACAUCUCUGUCAAUUAAUCCACGGUUCAAGCCACUAUUAAUAAUAAUUAUUCAGUUGAAGUUAUUAUUUUUCCUGUGUCCUUUCAGAUCUGGAAGAGAAAAGAAUCAGAAUACUCCUUCUUGUGGUGCACACAUGGCCUUGAAAAAUCAGAGCUACUACGUCCAGAAUUUACUGGUAAAACGCAGCCAAGCCCCAUCACUGGCCAACCUGAAAAGUACUUUCCCAGGUGGAAAAGAUGGCUGCGUUAUGGCUUAAGUUUUGUUCUUACGUUGCCAGUUCUUGCCUUGGCCGUUGGUGCAAUGCUGUGUUCACUUAAUUUUAAUGGUUACAUCAAGGACAAAGAAAGCCCUGUUUACAUUGCUGCUUUUGCUCACUUUGCAGAACCUGUAAGUCAGCUUAAAUUUAGUUUUCUUUCCAUUUCUUUAGAUGUUGUUGAAUCCUGUUUUUUUGACUGAAAGAAAAUUUUUUUGAUCCUUCAUGAAAUUCUCCCCUUGUUCCACAAGCCAUAAAAAAAAACCUGAUUGGGAGAGAAAUGAAAACCUGAAUUUAAUUUAAUUGACCUGUAACAUAUAUACCUAUUUAUUUUGAUGUCACGUGAUUGUUUUUUAUCAAACAAAAAUAAUGAGGAACAAAUAUGACAGAUAAAUUAACCCAUUCGCUCCUGGAGAUUUUGCCGAAAAACGCGUUUUGAAGCUAGUCGAGUGGUUUUCUGGUCACUGUCGUGCUAUAAAGAGCUAAAACUUACCACAAACCGGUUUACAGGUCGUACACUUGGCGGCCUUCUGAUCCAGAUGCAAAAUAUCAGCUUGCGAAGUUGGGGCAUGCGCAGAAAGCAAAAUUUCGAGAUAGUUUUUGGGUUUAAAAGUGACACAGCAGUCUUGACUUUUACUUUUCGCUUUCUCUCCUCCCUUCUUUUUUCGCUUUUCUUGCCUCAUUUUUUUUUCUCUUGCUAGGCAUUUAGUAGGCUUCAUUUUGGUGGGAAGAGUUUUUAGGAAAGCUUUUAGGAUCUUAGGAUUAGGUGAAAGGAAAGGUAGGUGGGUAAUGGAACAAGAUUUUCAUGGAGAUUUUCAGGUCCUUGUCACGUGGUUGUUUGCUUCUUUCUCCGGUGUCCUUGACUGAAUUGUGCUCAUUCUGGUAUGGUUUGAAAGAUCUCUUCACUCUGCACAAGUUAGCGAAGAAAGUUGUCCUUGACCGUUAAAACUGAUGACGUCACAAAGGGUAGAAAGGACCUGGAUUCGCACGGGCGGUUCAGGGGCGAAUGGGUUAAAAAAAAUAUUUCCUUUGGGUUCAGUGUAGCUGGCCGGCACUUCCAUGAUGACUAGUCAAUACUUUUGCCUGUUGACGAGCUUCUGGAUAACCAGCUAUGUGUUUGUUUAUUUUAAUUACCGGAUUUUAUAUGAAAAAUCAACUACUCAUUUUAAAGGGACUGUAUCACGGCAGUCAAGUUCAUUUUGUUUAAUUUGCCAAUUACUUGCCCUCAAUCGCUAUGGAACUUAAAGUAAGCAAAGAAUUUUCAGGUAAAUGACAAAAUCAGGGAUCCGAGACAAACAAAUAUGUCUCCUGAGCAUUAUUCUUGAAGUUGCAAGCAGCAGGGAUCAACUUUGAAAACCUGUUAGGCUGAACAGUUUCAAAAACCCUAAUUUCAAUCCGUUUCAAUCUUCUUCAGUUAUGCCCAUCCGUGGCAUCUGUUGUUUCUGUUCUGUUAUUUUAACCUUCCUUUAACGUUUUAAGCUGUUAUUUUUACGUUUCUCUUAAUUAAAUGGGCAUUUUGUAAUUACCUAAUUUGGCUGAUUUCGUGACACAGCUCCUUUAAUUGUUUUCAGUUUCACCUAUUUGAGCAAUUUUUCAUGUUUAAAAAUAAUGGUAGAAAUACAGAGAUCUCAGAUAAAAUGUAAUCACCUGAUUCUUUUCUUGUUUUCAGGGUCACAUUUUUGCAGCUGAUAAUGAGUAUUAUGGCUAUUUAAUUCCUACCAUUGGUCAUUCAGUUGUAAUCAAUAUUUUGAACAAACUUUACCGCUCUGUUGCACACUUUUGUACUGACCUGGAAAAUCACAGGUAUGCAGAUGACCAUUGAAUACAUGUAGUAGUUGUGCAUGAAGGUUUUUGGCUUCCGGAUCCAUACCAGUAAAUGAUGAUUUAAAUUACAAUGUACUAUACAGAGAUAAAGGGAAACUGUUCUCUUUUUUUGUGGUCUUAAUUUUCAAGAUGGAAUUCUCAUUUGACCUUGAGAGGUUGUCAAAACAUUUAGAAAAGCUUCACUUUGUUUGCACUUAGUAAAUUUCUUUUUCAACUUGUUUAGCAGCUCUUGAUCUUCCAUUUGCAAGUGAUUAAAAUAUCUUAUUCAGUACCUUUUAUUUAUAGUGGUGCUCAAUGCUCAUGGUGUCUUCUUGUUUUCUGAAACAUUAAGCUUUCUUUGAUGCUCGUUAUGUGUAGUACUUUUCUGUGUGCAAAUAUGUAGCUAUUUUGUAAAAUACUGUCACAUGUAUACUAAGGUUUUCUAUUCACUUACUAAAGGCUUAAUUUUUAAUGUCUUUGCAGGGGUGGUUCUGAUUUUACCGCACUCAUUUCAUCCAUGGUUUACUAAUUUCCCACUGUUUUGUUGUAUGAUAAUGUAUGGUCUGAGUUUACAACAUGAUCUAAGGAUAAAAUGAGCAUUUCAUAGCAUCAACCUUUUUUGAAAAUAACUUGGCCUAAUUUAUACUGUUUGUCCUUUCAUUUUCUCCUUUUAAUCAGGACAGAGAGAGACUGGGACAACUCACUCAUCAUAAAGCGUGUACUUUUUGAAGUUUUUGACUGCUUCCUUCCCUUGUUCUACAUUGCAUUUUAUCAACUGAAUGUUGUUGCUCUGCGGAGGGAAUUGGUCGGAUUAUUCUGGGGUAUGUGUAGUUAUUUGUUCUUUGAUGUAAAUGACAUUUGAUAGAAAUGAGCUGAACAGUUAGACAGUUUUUGACUUGAUAUGAAGUAAACUGCAAAUCAGUAACGGGUCUUGACAAACUGCAAGCCAGCGAGCCAUGCAAGUCACGCAAGGCAUUGGUAAAAAAAUAAGGAAACACAGGUAAAAACUGCAAAUUUACAGAUGAGGAGUUGAGCACUCAUUAUCCUGAUUAGGGUUAAGCACUCAUUGUACUGAUUAGGGUUAAGCACUCAUUGUACUGAUUAUAGGGUUAAGCACUCAUUUUAGGGCUAGGGUUAAGCGCUGUUUAGGGUUAAACACUUAUUUACAACGGUUAGCAUUCAGUUAAUGUUUUCGGUAAAUUACUGUUUUUGAUUUUUAUGGUGUUUUUUUCAAUGAUUCUUCAAUGGACUACAUGGCUCGCAUGACUCGCUGGCUCGCAUUUUAUACACACCCAUCGUUGACCAACCCUCCACUUCUUGACUUGUUCUUUCUAGAGUACAUUUACAUGUAACAUGUAACAGACACAUAGACUGUACAGAAGUACCUAUAACAUUUUUGUUUAACAUCCAACUAUCUGCCAACCCCAAGAGGGGCAGGGCGGGUUGGAGUACGAUUUACUCAUCUGAAUGUCUGAAGUUUUGUAAUUUCCCAUUCACACCAAAGCUUAAACAUAUUUAAAAGCUGUUUAGUAGAACAUGGUCCAAAAUAAUUAUUGUUUUCAUCAUAAAAGCUGCUUACUGACUUUUGGCUUUUUGCAGAUUAUGUGUAAAUUACAGAGCAUGUUAAAGUGUAUUGCAUAAUGGGUAAAGGUCUGAUUUUGAGUUUCUAGAGUAUUUUUUUUUUAACUGGUUUAAUUAAACAUGCAUAGUUGGUGUGAAUGCAGCAUAAGCCAGCCUGGCUAAUUUAAUAGAGGACUUAUUGUGUUCACAUGUAAUUCUUUUAAGGUGAUGAAAUCCGACGACUAAUAACAGAAUCACUUGUCCCGUAUGUAACUGAAAAGGGUCAUGUGUGGAAGAUACAGAGAGAGUAUGCCAAAAGAAAGAAAGACUCAGAUAAAAAACCAUUCAUUCCCUCUCAGGUCAAGAACAAGCUUUUUAUAAACUUACAGGAUAAAAAUCAAAAUUAUUAUUUCAUUCACAUUAUUAAAUCAGGAAAAAGCUAAAGCACCUCUCUGUAUUUGAACUGCUACACUGAAGGAGUCAUCUACAUUCUCCUUGGUUGGAUUAAUCCAUAUUUUAGGCUUCAUAUUUAUACAAAAAACAUGUUAAUACAAACAACAACCACAGAAGAUUUCUUUCGUUUGGUUAUUUUUUCAUUUCUUUUUGCAGAUGAACUGUUUAGUUUCUUUGAUUGCAUGGUCAAAAUCUCUGUGUUGAACCAAUUGUUGAACCAAUUAGUUACUGAACCAUUAGUUACAUGCAAUUCUGUUAAGUUUGCAAUAAUUAUUUUAAUCUUUAAUUCUGACUUUGUUAUUUUUUAUCAACAAUAAUAUUAACAGGCUCAACAAGACAUUGUUUUAGAAGAAUAUGAACAGUUUGAUGAUUAUCUGGAAAUGGUUGUACAGUUCGGGGUAAGUGUCUAAUUUGUUAGUGGUCCUUCGUAAAAAAUAUUAUUGUGCUUUUUUGAAGUGUAUUGAUUUCCAAUUUUUUUCUUUGUUUUUUGUUUAGUAUGUGACAUUGUUUGCCUCUGCCUUCCCACUUGCUGCUGCUGUCAGUAUUUUGUUCUUGUUCAUUGAGGGAAGAGCUGACUUGUUUAAACUACUGUACAUGUAUCAGCGCCCAAAAGUGAGGAGGUAUAUCAUUACUUUAUGUUAGAAUUAUGAUCAAAGCAUAUUUGGUAUGAUGGAAAAAGACAGGAAACAGUGAAACCAUAUUAAAUCUGAAAACUCUGUUUUGUAGAGCUUUGCCUUUUAACCUUGAAGGAGAAUCUGUAAAUUAGGGCAUGUUCACUCAGUAAUCUCAUUCACUGAAAAAUUAUCAUCAUAGAAGAAUAAAUGUUUGUGGGUCAUGAGCAUUUAUUUGAACGGUACCCUAUAGUUCAAAAUUUUCUAGGCUUGAUGAAUUGUUAUUUUAACUUACACUACAGGGUGGCCAAUAUUGGUGUGUGGUUCAACGUUUUAUACUGUAUGAUGGUACUAUCCAUGCUCACAAACAGUUUAAUUGUUGGAUUUUCAUCUGAGCAACUUGCUGUUUGGUGUCCGUGGAUGUAUGAGACAAUUGACAAUGACCAAUUCAUUAUUAAUGGCUAUGGAAGGUAUGCUGUUGUUGGAACUAUAAAAAAUGUACUUUGUGAAUAUUAUGUUGUUGGUGAAAAGAAAGAAUGUAUCGAAAUCAGAUUCUUAACUUUGAAGUAUUCUGUGGAUUCUUUCUCAUGGGUAAAAUAAAAGAAAGAUAAAAAUUCAAAAAAGCAAUUCUGAAAUCUAGAGAUUCAAAAACUAGCUUAUUUUUGGAAUUUCAUGUGUUGUUUGUCUGUUCAGAUAUAAGGGGUAACUUCAGACAGUCAGUCAAUCAUACAAGUCACUGACAUAGGCUGUAUGCAGAAUACAAUAAUUGGAUUAAUAUAUGUUAUUAAUCUAUAAAUGUAUCUUUCUUGAUGCACCUUUUUUCUCUGUAGGUAUGUUGUGGCCAUUGUGUUUUGUAUUGAGCAUUUCCUGAUCCUUUGCGCUGUAAUUUCAAGGUGCCUGGUUUCAGAAAAACCCAAGUGGGUGCGAAUAGCAAUUGCUAAAGAGGAGUAUGAGAAGGCACAGGAAGCCAAGGAGAGAAAAGAGAAACAUGAGUGAAUUAGUCAGCUUUUACAUCACUUAACUUCUCUGUUAUAAUGUUGGUGGAAAUGGUUUGCAAUAUUUAAUAUGAAAUUCGCUUACAUUCUUAUAAAAUUGAAUUGACUAGUACAGAAAGCCAUCACAUAAAUUUGUACUUUCAAAUAACUUAUUUCUUGGAAAUGACAUUGGUUAAUAACAAAUAAUUAUUUAUAACUCAAAACUUUUUUAGACCACCAUUUAAGUCAAGGAUAUAGGGUUACAUUGCAAUUUUUGGUACAGUGUUACAAGGUUUUCUAGGCUGUACAUGUCAAGUUUACACUGAG